AGAUGGGUGGGAGGACUAGGAAGAAACAAUGGGCUCUGUUGCUGCUUAAAUCUCAACUUUCUCUGAAUGAGAAAAGGUAACCUUUAGAAAAUCAAUGGAAGCCUUUACCCAUCUUUUUGUCUUCUACACUUUCUUAUUCUCCCUCUUGAGAACCUCCAUUUCUCUGGACACUGUUACUCCAAGUCAAUCUCUCGGAGACCGUGGCACUUUAGUUUCUGCUGGCCGACAAUUUCAAUUGGGAUUCUUCAGCCCAGGUAAUUCCAAAAGCCGAUAUGUGGGAAUUUGGUACAUGAUAUCUCCGGAAACAGUUGUAUGGGUAGCCAACAGAGAUGCUCCGCUUAGCGAUCACUCGGGAGUUUUAAAGGUCACUGAUGAUGGAGUUCUUGUGCUUCUUAAUAGCACCAAUGGUACUGUUUGGUCAUCUAAUACAUCAACAACCCCACAAAAUCCAGUUGCAAAGCUCUUGGACACCGGGAAUCUUGUUGUGAAAGAUGGGAAUGAUGAUAACCCAGAUAAAUUUUUGUGGCAGAGUUUUGAUUAUCCUUGUAACACACUCCUACCGGAAAUGAAGCUUGGAUGGAACUUAGUAACUGGUCUUGAUAGGUUUUUAUCAUCUUGGAAGAGCACGGAAGAUCCUGCUCAAGGUGAGUUUUCUACUCGGAUAGUUCCUCAUGGUUAUCCACAGUGGUUUGAUAUGGAGGGAACCAAAAUAAAGGCUAGAGCAGGAUCGUGGAAUGGCCUUGGUUUUACGGGUCGUGCGGUAAGACCGAAUACAGUAUUUGAGUAUGAAUUCGUGUUGAAUGAGAAGGAGGUCUAUUACGGGUACAAACUUCUAAACAAAUCUGUUUUCUCAAGAGUUGUGCUGAACCCAUCAGGCAUUGUGCAACGAUUCGUAUGGAUGGAUCGGACACAAAGUUGGGAGCCCUUCUUUACAUCUCAUGCAAAUCAGUGCGAAAUUUAUGCCUUAUGCGGUGCUUAUGCUACCUGCAACAUCAAUAAGUCUCCUGUAUGUGCAUGCAUGGAAGGAUUCUUACCCAAGUCUCCAGAACAUUGGGAUUCAGUAGAUUGGUCUGAUGGGUGUGUUCGAAGGACUCCUUUGGAAUGCAAUGGUGGAGAUGGAUUCCUGAAGCGCACGGGGGUGAAAUUGCCCGACACAUUUUAUUCCUGGUAUAACAAGAGCAUGAACCUCCAGGAAUGCGAAGGAAUGUGUUUGAAAAACUGCUCCUGCACAGCAUAUGCAAGUUUAGAUGUCAGGGGAGGAGGAAGCGGCUGCCUGCUUUGGUUUGGUAGCCUAAUUGAUACAAGAGAAUUCGCUGAGGGUGGGCAAGAUCUCUAUAUAAGGAUGGCCAUUUCCGAAUUGGGUCAUCUUGAUAAAAACAGUCACUCCAGCGAGAGGAAACUAGUGGGAAUUAUAGUUGGCUCAACAUUACUAGUUGUGGGAAUGAUAAUAGUUGGAAUGGUCUCAUACAUAUGGAAGAAGAAACUCAGAAACCAAGCAAUGAUAAAAGGAAGUGAGAGGAAGGAUUGUGACAAUGAAGGUGUGAAGGAAGAUAUGGAGUUAGCAAUAUUAUUUGAUUUGACAGUCAUAGUUAAUGCGACUGAUAAUUUUUCAAACAACAAGAAGUUGGGAGAAGGUGGCUUUGGACCUGUGUACAAGGGUACAUUGCCUGAAGGGAAAGAUAUAGCUGUGAAGAGGCUUUCAAAGAAUUCUGGACAAGGAUUGAACGAGUUAAAAAAUGAAGUUAUUUUGAUUGCCAAACUUCAACAUCGUAAUCUUGUAAAGCUUCUUGGCUGUUGCAUUCAAGAAAAUGAAAAUAUGCUAAUCUAUGAAUACAUGCCCAACAAAAGCUUGGAUUGCUUUAUUUUUGAUCAAACAAAGAGUAAAUUACUAGAUUGGCAUAAGCGUAUCAACAUUAUUCGUGGUGUUGCUAAAGGGCUUCUCUAUCUUCAUGAAGACUCUAGACUAAGAAUUAUCCAUAGGGAUCUCAAAGCUAGCAAUAUUCUUCUGGAUAACAAUAUGAAUCCAAAAAUUUCGGACUUUGGCGUGGCUAGAUCAUUUGGAGGAGAUCAAAUUGAUUCUGCAACCAAUAGGAUUAUUGGAACAUAUGGUUAUAUGUCUCCUGAGUAUGCGAUGCAUGGACAAUACUCAGUAAAAUCUGAUGUAUUUAGUUUUGGAGUCUUAAUAUUAGAGAUAGUGAGUGGGAAGAAGAAUAGAGGAUUUUGUCACCCAGACAACCAGCUUAAUCUUCUUGGACAUGCAUGGAAACUAUGGAUUGAAGACAAGCCAAUAAAACUGGUUGAUGAAUUGGUAGGUGACUUGUGCAAUAUAUCUGAUGUAGUACGACACAUUCAUGUGGGUCUUUUAUGUGUGCAACAAAGACCGGAAGAUAGACCAAACAUGUCGUUUGUGGUUCAAAUGCUAAACAGUGAGAAUUUAUUGUCUAAGCCAAAACAACCGGGUUUCUUUACAGAUCCACAGGAAGCUGAUUUUUCAUUUAGCAAGUUUGGAACUUGUUCAACAAACGAAAUCACCACUACGGUAUUUGAAGGACGGUAAAUAAUGUUCCUUGAGAGCAAAAGCAGAGAGUUUUUUUAUUUAUGAAUCAAUGUAAUCUUGAUUUCAACAUACUUAGCUGAACAAAAUAGGUCUUGAAGCUGCUGU